AUGCCCUGUACCAGGGACAGGGACAACACCAUCACUAAGAGCAUGCCCUGUACCAGGGACAGGGACAACACCAUCACUAAGAGCAUGCCCUGUACCAGGGACAGGGACAACACCAUCACUAUAAGCAUGCCCUGUACCAGGGACAGGGACAACACCAUCAUUAAGAGCAUGCCCUGUACCAGGGACAACACCAUGACUAAGAACAUGCCCUGUACCAGGGACAACACCAUGACUAAGAACAUGCCCUGUACCAGGGACAGGGACAACACCAUCACUAAGAGCAUGCCCUAUAUCAGGGACAACACCAGCACUAAGAACAUGCCCUGUACCAGGGACAGGGACAACACCAUCACUAAGAGCAUGCCCUGUACCAGGGACAGGGACAACACCAUCACUAAGAACAUGCCCUGUACCAGGGACAACACGAUCACUAGGAACAUGCCCUGUACUAGGGACAACACCAUCACUAAGAACAUGCCCCAUAUCAGGGACAACACCAGCGCUAAGAACAUGCCCUGUACCAGGGACAGGGACAACACCAUCACUAAGAGUAUGCCCCAUAUCAGGGACAACACCAUCACUAAGAACAUGCCCUGUACCAGGGACAACACCAUCACUAAGAGCAUGCCCUAUACCAGGGACAACACCAUCACUAAGAACAUGCCCUGUACCAGGGACAACACCAUUACUAAGAACAUGCCCUGUACCAGGGACAACACCAUCACUAAGAACAUGCCCUGUACCAGGGACAACACCAUCACUGAGCACAUGCCCUGUACCAGGGACAACGCCAUCACUAAGAACAUGCCCUAUACCAGGGACAACACCAUCACUAAGAACAUGCCCUGUACCAGGGACAACACCAUCACUAAGAACAUGCCCUGA